UUUCUCACGCCACAUCCGGUUGUGCAGCAGCCAUUUUGUCUGUUCAUGCAAGUCCACCCCUCACGGUCAAGAACUGCGUUCCCCCUUCGAAAAUAACCUGAAAUAUUGUAUUUUUUUGUAUAUUAUGUGGCACUUAUACGGAUUUAAAAAUUACAAGUUCGAAGAUGCUUUUCUCUUCGAAAUAAAUAGCGUAAUUUUAGUUGUGUGCGCGAAUAAUUAAGGUUAUGUCGUGCGAGGAAAGCUACUUAGCCAUCAGACGCUAUCUGACUGAUGAGCGGGAGCCGUACGCACCAGGGACCCAUGGCAAUACGAAAAGAAAGAUUCGUAAAGCAGCCGCUUGCUAUGUCGUGCGGAAUGGCACACUGUACUACCAGAGAAGACAGAAAGGKCUGGAUGAAUUCACCGAGUUGGAAGUGGUGUUGCAGGCUGGUCGGAGGAAGGAACUUAUCGACGAGUCACACAUUGUCGCCGGAGAAGAGCACCUCAACCAGCAUCACACUUGGGAAUCCAUUUCUCAGAAGUAUUGGUGGAGAGGUAUCCUGAAGCAGGUGAAGGACUACAUGAGGCAGUGUAGCCAGUGCCAGAACAGACAGGACCGGAGAGGGCUAUCGGAGGACCGUAGCGGAUCCAGACUGGUGGGCCGACCGGGGAGACGAGGAGGGUCACAACCCCAGCCAGUGACGAGGAGGAUGAGGAGGAGGACGACGAGAUGGACUUGGAGGACAGUAGUCUGGCUCCCUGUGUUAUCUAUCCAGGAGAACAGUAGUCAUGACUCCCUGUGUUAUCUAUCCAGGAGGACAGUAGUCAUGGCUCCCUGUAUUGUGUUGCAGGUGACAGUAAGGGGCGGUGUGAAGCAGUACCUUCCCAGACACGGUCAGACGAUGCUGGACAAGCUGAACCAGCAGCGCCUCGACAACCAGUUCUGUGACAUCACGCUGCUGAUCGAGGGGGAGGAGCACAGGGCUCACAAGGCCGUCCUGGCCGCCUGCAGCGACUACUUUAAUGAGCUGUUUAUAGAGAAGGGAGCCGUGUCCAGUCAUGAAGCGGUGGUCGACCUCUCAGGUUUCAGCAAGGUCAGUUUCCUCCCCCUGCUAGAGUUUGCGUACACCUCCAACCUCUGCUUCAACUUCUGUGUGAUGGCCGACGUUGCCACGCUGGCCCGACACCUUCUGAUGGCCGAGGUCCUUCAGAUCUGUGAGUCCGUCCACAAGAAGGUAGAGGAGCAGAAGCUGAUGGUCUACCAGCAAGGAGACAUCCACACGGUGGUGUCCAGCCAGCCUGCACCCCAACAGGCCCCGAAUGAAGAACCCGGGAGCUACAUUAUGACCAUCGGGAGCGACGGCCAUGCCGUGGUGACUCAUACCGGGCUAGCUGGAGCAGGGGAUGACCUGGACUCAUUGGCCCACACAGCAGAGGCCUUCAGAGGGGAUCUGACGUCUGUAGUCACCCAGGCUCUGGGAGGUGAACCAGAGGAGACUAUGACCGUGGUUGGGGAGGCUGGGUCAGAGACGGUGACUCUAGUCACCCACAGCGGCCAGGCCCGGGUAGGCGAGUCCGUCACCCUCUUCUCCCCUACUGGAGAGGCAGAGACCAUGACGGUGGUCACCCACAGCGGCCAGGCCCGGGUAGGCGAGUCCGUCACCCUCUUCUCCCCUACUGGAGAGGCAGAGACCAUGACAGUGGUGACCCACAGCGGCCAGGCCGGAGCCAGUGAGUCCCUGGCCGUGGUGUCAGCCUGUCUGGCCCUGGAGCAGCAGCAGCAUGAUGAAGGGGAUGAGGGGGAUGGGGACUCCCUCUCCAUGGAACCAGGGGCCUUCCUCAUCAGCGUGGACCCAGGGAAGGUGGCCCCUACUGAGGUGGUCCGUCUGGCUGUAGCGCCACCUGUAGUCCAGGAGGACCCAACGCCCCAGGAGGAGGAGACGUCAGAGCACCAGACGGGGGAUCCAGCACCCCAGGCCGAGCCACAGCCUCCCGCUGCUCCCCAACCCCCUAAGAGGAAGAGAGGACGUCCUGCCAAGGUGAAGCAGGAGGUGAUCGAGGAGCCAGAGUCUCCUGUCGAGGAGGAGGUGGUGCCAGAGCCGGUCUCUACUCCUACAGAGGAGGGUCAGAGGACCCAUGACCCCUAUAAGAGACGACUACGACAGCGCUCCAUGGGGGAGGGGGGGUAUGUCAGGCUACACAUGGGGCUGGAGGAGGACAGAGAGGACAAGAAGGGAGCCCAGACCCCACAACGUCCCAGCACCCCCAAGAAGAGGGGUAGACCCGCCAAGAGGCUCGUUGAAGAGAUGGAAGCUGCGGUGGCUGGGAUGGAGAAUGUUGUCCAGACAGAGACUGAGGGCGUCCUAUCACCAGACGGCAUUGUAGACGGAGCACCUAUCACAGAGCAGCCUGUGGGGGAGGGGCCAGAGCCGGGUCUAGGACCCGACCAGCCAGACGGAGGGAGUGAGGUGGAGGGAGAACACACCUGUUCAGAGUGUGGCCUGUCGUUUCACCGGCGCUACGCUCUCAUCAUGCACACACUCAAACACGAGAAGACCAGAGGAUACAAGUGUAGUUUAUGUAACAAGGAGUUCCAGUACGCUGCCUCUCUGAGGGCCCAUCUGACCAGACACAAGCACCAGAAGAGUCAGAGGCCCACCCUGGUCAGGGUCCCCCAGCCCCACGGCGAAGAGGGCCUCGAGGGGGACGUCAGGGCCAAGGGACGCACCAAGAGAGAGUUUGUCUGUGACAUCUGUGGAAAGACUCUUCCUAAGCUGUAUUCUCUGAGGAUCCACAUGCUGAACCACACGGGGGUGCGGCCCCACUCCUGCAAGGUCUGUGGGAAGACGUUUGCUCAUAAACACAGCCUGAAGAUGCACAGAGCUCUACAUGACGCUGCUAAACAGUUCCACUGUCUGCUCUGUGACAAGUUCCUUCGUUAGUAGAGAAGUCUGGAGGAACACACCAUAUUCACCACAAGGUACAGAUAUCUCUGUACCCAGUGUGGGAGGUCGUUCCACCGAGCGUCCGGUCUGAGUAAACACUUAAAGAGACACCAGCCCAGACCUGACGUACGAGGGUUCCCCUGUAGUCACUGUAGGUGUAAUGUCUGUGGUAAGGAGUUCUUUGAGAAGGCUCUGUUCAGGAGACACGUGAAGAAGGCCACGCACGGCAAGAAGGGCAGAGUAAAGCAGAACCUAGAGAGAGAGUGUGAACACUGUGGCAGGAAGUUCACCCAGCUCAGAGAGUACAGACGACACAUGAACAACCACCAGGGAGUCAAACCCUUCGAGUGCCUGACGUGCGGCGUAGCCUGGGCCGACGCCCGCUCUCUGAAGAGACACGUUCGUACCCACACCGGCGAGCGACCCUACGUGUGCCCCGAGUGCCAGGAGGCCCACAUCGAUGCCCGCUCCCUACAACACAUGACCAAGUACCACGGCGACCUCCUGCCGGGGAAGAUCAUGCUGGAGAAAGACACGCUACAGUUUCACAACCAGGGUACUCAGGUCGAACACGCCGCCAUCCUGGGUCCGAUCUCCCCCCCGAGCUCCGGCCCGUCCAGCCCCGCCGGCCGAGGAGAUCGAGGACGGUUGCUGAUCACGGAGGAGACUGUGGAGGCGGUAGAAGCGGUUCAGGCCGUUCAGGGGACGGGUCGCGACCUUGUCGACCGAGCAUAUCAGGUGGUGAACUAUGUGCUUUCUAGCAGAGUGUACUGCCUGGGGGGUGAAGAUGAGGAGCAGAGGUAUACGACCAUGGAGGUGGUACACAUGGCAGAGGUGGAGUGA